CAUAUGGAAAUAAGAAAAAAAACUGCACGGCACGGUCGUCGAAUUAAGUUAAAUUUGUUAAGUAAACAUACAAGUGCGGAGUCGUCGCGCGCACCCUCGUAUCCGUACAGCCCACGCCACAGUUCGCAACCGCUGGACAAAGCGCGACCCGAGGUUUCGCCACCAUUGCGGUCCACGUGUGGAAACAGCCAGGAAAAGCGAGCGCACACACAAGCGCGCUGCGAGGAACACGUAUACAAAUGCGCGCGAGGGAAAAGCGCUAGGUCAAAGGAAAGUGAAAAGUGAAAAGCGCGUCAGGGAUUCGCAAUCGAAGUUCGUACGACGUAACUCGAAGGAAAAUGCCGCUGCUCGCCUACCGGGAGAAGCACAUCUUGAGUGCCCAGCAGUUGAGGAAGCUGAGCGAGCACAAGUACUCCUGCUUCAGCGCCAGUCUCCUCGAUCCGCUGCUGCAGCCGUGGUGGAACUGGCUGGUGGCCCAGACGCCCCUGUGGCUCGCCCCCAACCUCAUCACUAUCGUGGGAUUGAUCCUCAAUGUGGUCACCACGCUGAUAUUAAUCUGUUAUAGCCCAAAUGGCGUUGAGGCUCCGCCACGUUGGACCUGCGUGCUCUGCGCGCUGGGUCUGUUCAUCUACCAGAGUCUUGACUCCAUCGACGGGAAGCAGGCCCGUCGGACGAACACCUCUUCACCGCUGGGUGAGCUUUUCGACCAUGGCUGUGACUCCAUAUCCACGGUGUUCGUGGCCCUGUCGGCAUGCAUUUCCUGCCAACUGGGACACUACCCCAACUGGCUGUUCUUCCAGUGCUUCUGUGCUAUAGCUCUCUUUUACUGCGCCCACUGGCAGACCUAUGUGUCGGGAACGAUGCGCUUCGGACGAAUCGAUGUGACGGAGGCGCAGUUUUCAAUCAUAGCCAUUCAUCUGGUAUCAGCUGUGCUAGGCCCUGAGAUCUGGCUGACCAAGGUAGAAGAGGUUCUGAAGGCACCCAGCGAGGACCUUCGACUACCGUACUUCAAUUGCGAAUCCCGAUUUUUGCCAAUUUACGUGGCCUGCGGCGUAGAUUUGAUUCUAGCACUCCGCUACUCGAGGUGCAUUUUGACCGAAGGGUGCGGAAAGAACGGAUCGUCGGUUGCAGGCACCAGUGUCCUGUCGCCCAGCAUUCCGCUUACUCUGGUGGUGCUGCCCGCCCUGAUGAUUGCCCAGAAGUCACCGCAGAACAUCUUCACCGAGCACGCCUCGGUAUACAUCCUGGCCUUCGGCAUGGUGGCCGCGAAGGUCACCAACAAGUUGGUGAUUGCCCACAUGACCAAGUCGGAGAUGGAGUACCUGGACUGGUCGCUGCUCGGUCCCUCGCUGCUGUUCCUGAACCAGUACUUUAACUGCAUCGUACCCGAGAUCUGGCUGCUGUGGUUCACGCUCAUGUGGGGCACCCAGGAUCUGCUGCGUUACUGCUCCCAGGUGUGCCUGGAGAUCUGCCAGCACCUGCGCAUCGAUCUCUUCCGGAUACCGUACACGCCCAAGGGUCAGGCCCCGCAUCCGGCCACUGCCUCUGUGAGCAGUCAGAGCAACAUUGGCAGCAGUGCGGACAAGAACGGCGGCACUGCGCAUCGGAAGUCGAAGAGCAAACCGCACUAGGUGUCGGUUUUCCACUACAUUAAUUAGUUUCCUUUUAAAUAUUUACGUCGUUAGAGCCGAGGGAUACUCGUUGGAGCAGGCGGAGCGGAGUAAUCACAACCCAACAAAAUUCCCCGUCAAUGUGUAAGCUAAAACAGGAUAAACACAACCAAACGAAAUGAAACAUAACAAAACAGAUAGAAACGUUAGAAAAAGGGCGAAGCAAAAUGUUGCUCCUACAUUUUAGGAAUAGUAUACAGCACGUGUUGUAGCCAAGAAGGCAAGGUGGCUAGGGCUACUGGGAGAAAGAACUGUUGCAGUCUCCGAUAUCAAUUACAUGGCUAAAUAUAUAAAUAUAAAUAUAUUUUGUAUGAUUGUGUAAGCUGUAAUAAAUCUAGAUUGCAGUAUUUUUACUGUGCUAAAUCACACUUGUGCAAAUGCCAAAAAAAAAAGCAGACUAAGCCUAAAAUAGCUCGAUUAAAGCUCAAUUUACGAUUAAGUCUUGACCACCCAUUGGCGAUCGAUCCAUCCCACAAAAGACAACAAAAUAAGAGAGCGCAGUUGCGAUUUUGCGAUUUUCAGUUGAGGCCAGUAUAUCUAUUCAUGUUACUCUUGUUAGUGCUUAGUUUUCACUCAUAGGGGUCGUUCGAAGGGCCGCGACAUUCUAAAUGGUGACUCAUUUUAAAAAGCGCACUACCUACUCUGACUAGGCCCAUAAUUUUAGUGCGUUUUGCGUGACAUCUUAUGGAUCCUAAUCCUAGAUAAAACCUAUAUUAUUUGUAGCUCGCACGGCGCUGGCCGGUAACUUUAUAGUUAAACUAUUAUGGAUUAUGUUUUGUGUUGUACAAUGGAGACGAAACAAACAAAAAGAACCAGAAAUAAAACGAAUUGAUAAAACUAAAA